AUGGAUUUAACGUUAGUGGCUGAUACUGUAAUGUUUACUGAUUCGAUACCUUUCCCCCCUCCAUUUUCCAGACAGAUCAUAGCGAAUUAUAAUAACAAGUCAGCGGAUGGAUUGAGUCUGCCGUUUUUAUUCAAUUGGCUUUUGGGAGAUAUUGCAAACUUUAUUGGAUGUGUAUUGACAGAUCAACAGCCGUUUCAGUACCUUUACUACAGACGCUUUUACUCAACCCAGGAGGAAGAGAUAUUAUGUGAUGAUGUCUUGAUGGCAGAGGGAAGUCCAAAAUGGAGACAUUAUAAUACAUUUCCCGUCAAUAAACCCGCCUCACGGCAACGAGGCACUAUGCCAUUAUUUGCCGUUUUUUUUUUUACGCUCCGUUCUCUAUCCUACCUAACUUCGUCUGGUCUUACAACAUCACACUCAAUAAUAUCUCAUUCUAAGCGAGACACUAUGGGGGUGUCUUGGCUGGAUACCAUUGGAACGUUCAUGGAAGAUUAUCAAUAUUCUAUUGGAAGAGUCAUGGCUUGGACAUGUACGGUUUUGUAUUUGACUAGCAGGAUGCCACAGAUUUGGAAGAAUUUUGAGCGGAAAUCAGUUGAAGGCUUAUCAAUAUUCAUGUUCAUAUUCGCUGCACUUGGAAACUUGGCCUAUACUACGUCGAUAUUUCUCUACGAAGACAAGGAUGAUGACUAUUACAACAAGGAAUUCCCUUACAUAUUGGGAGCAUCAGGAACGUUGACAUUUGAUUUAAUUAUCUAUAUGCAAUGGUGGAAAUAUCGAAACAAUCCUCCUAAGCGUCGUUUCUCCAGUAUCCCAUACGAUCUUGAAAACAGCCCUUACCUACCAGCAACAAUCCGUGAUGCAAGAAGCAGGCUACUAGCAGAACAAUAUUGA